CAAAAUCACCAUCUCUCUCUCCUCAUGGAAUCAUCGAAUCAGGAAGCCGGUGUCGACCUCGCCAGUGAUCAGCCAUGCCAAGAAAAAGAGAAACCGUCAAAGAUUUAUCAGUGCAAGUUCUGUGACAAGAAGUUUAGUUGCCCGAGAGCGCUCGGAGGCCACCAAACAACUCAUCGGAUUGAGCGUGAGCAAGGCAUGAAGGAAAAGCUAACAGGCAACGCAGGCAACGAAGCUAACGCAAAGCAGUGCAAGUUCUGCGAUAAGAAGUUCGCUUGCCCCAGAGCACUCGGAGGGCACCAAACCCUUCAUAGAGACGAACGCGCACAUGCCAAGAAGGUGAAGCUCACGGCCAAUGCGGUGGAGGAAGCAAAUAGAGGGCAAGCGACGUCGUCGACGAUGCUGGAUGAAGUUACGAGUAAUCUGACGUGCGUUCAGGAGGCGGAGGAGGAGAAGAGGGGAUUGGUGACGAUCAAUUUUCUCCUGAGCGAUUCAAGGUUUGCUCAAGAGGAGGAGGACAGAGAGCGAGCAGCGACGACGACGGAUGAAGCUGCGAGUAAUUCAGGGCGUGUUCGGGAGAUGGAGAAGGAAUACAUAGAACUAGAUCUGACCCUCAGGCUUUAGAAAGAUGUGUUAUCUUGAAUUGUUACAUAAAUGGAGCAGUAUUUUUUUCUUCUUUUCA